CCCACCCCAGGAGACGGAUACGAGUUUUCCCUGUGGAUUGUAACUGGGUUGAGCUGCUUGAUCAUGUAUGAGCAGGCCUUAUAACCCGGCCCCUUGCUGCUGAGCUGGACUUGGACGUGACAUGGAAUAACAGCAGUGGGUUCCUACCUAUGUGCCAUGCCCUCCCACAACACUACCAACCUAAGCCCAUCUACCUUCAUCUUGGUCGGCAUCCCUGGGCUGGAGUCUGGCAAUUUCUGGAUGGCAUUCGUGCUCUGCUCUCUGUACAUCAUGGCGGUGGCAGGCAACAGUGCGGUGCUCUUCAUCGUGAAGAUGGAGAAAAGCCUACACAUCCCUAUGUAUUUUUUCCUGUGCAUGCUUGCUGCCAUUGACCUGGUGCUGUCCACCGCUACCGUGCCCAAACUCCUCUCCCUCUAUUGGUCUGACAUGAGGGAAAUCAGCUUUGGUGCCUGCCUCAUCCAGAUGUUCCUUGUCCACAGCCUCUCUGCUGUUGAGUCCUCUGUCCUGCUGGCCAUGGCCUUAGAUCGGUACGUGGCCAUCUGCCACCCUCUGAGGCAUGCAUCCAUCUUCACCAAUGCGGUGACAGCAAAGAUUGGGCUGGUGGCCAUGGCCAGGGGGGUGAUGUUCUUUCUCCCACUACCUCUGCUCAUUCUGAACCUGCCAUUCUGCGGGUCCAAAGUCCUGUCCCACUCAUACUGUCUGCACCAGGAUGUCAUGAACCUGGCCUGUGCCGGCACCACUCCCAAUGUUGUGUAUGGCCUGACCGCCAUCCUCCUGGUGAUGGGGCUGGACUCAUUGCUCAUCUUCCUGUCCUACAUCCUCAUCAUCCACACGGUUCUGCAGCUGGCCUCCAGCAAGGAGCGGCUCAAGGCCUUCAGCACUUGCGUGGCCCACAUCUGUGUGGUGCUAGCCUUCUACGUGCCGCUGAUUGGGCUCUCUGUGGUGCACCGGUUACAGAAUGGCCACUCACCGCUGAUCCAUGUGAUCAUGGGGAAUGUCUACAUCUUAAUGCCACCUGUGCUCAACCCCAUUAUCUAUGGGGUGAGGACCAAGGAAAUCCAGAGACGGAUCCUGAAGCUCUUUAGGAUGGAGAGCUAUGGGGCAGCUCAGUGACUUGUCUUCUCCUCUUGACUUCUGUGCCUUUCUGCCUCCUCCUGUGUUUGAUCAUCAGCUCUUUGGGUCAUGAAGCAUCUUUUUGUUCUGUUCUCCCACAGUGCUUAAAAAAAAAGGGGUUGUGGACUAUGACUGCAGCUCAUAAACACUUCUGUUGUACAUAUAAUAAAUGAUGGGCUCUCCCCAAACCCGACCCUGAAGAAGCCAGUAGCCAUUCCACAGCAAGAAUUAGUCCUGUUGUGAUGGGAUGAUCCAAAUGAGAUAUCUGGGAAGAGAGGUACAUUCAUGGGAAACUUGUGAGGUGUCAGAGACUUGAGAAGGCCAGACCCUCCUUCUAGGUACAAUCAACCCCAGCCCAUUCACUUGCAUAUCUUGGGGGAUUCUCUGUGUUUUACCUCUUUCACCUGUUUUCCAAAAGUACUGUAUUUGGACAAAUUAAUUUUCUUUCAGGAAUGUUUCCAGAAUCAGCACAUGGUGUUGCUCAAUCAUUAAAAAAUAAAACAACUGUGUAGGAUCAACAGUUCACACUAAACAGAUAAUCAGGUCACAUGGCUUCUCCCUGGUCUCCACAUACCAGUCCCCCCACUCCAAUUCCCCAAGUCAAUCUUAGCAGAAAAGUCUCAUAAGCAAAAUUUUGCCUGUGACGUGUUGGUGAGAAGGAUGUGGCAAAUAAUUUCAAAUAAUAAGAAAACACCAGAAAAAUGCCCCUUUGCAGGUCAGGAAGCAGCAGAGAACACAUAUACGAUGUUUUUCUUCAUACCAAAGGAAUCUUCAGCUUCUCUCUCACCCGCAGAAUUGGCUUUCCAUGGGUUUGCAAGAAGCUCAACCUCUUGAUAUUGGGAAGUAUGAAAGGUGCUAAUUCAAGCUGGGCCAGGGGGCUUGAACCCAAGACCUCCAGGUGGAUACCCACACUACUGAGCUGUAGGGGCAAAUGAGGGGCAGUCCCCACCAAAGCCCUUUUCAGAUCCCAAGACUAAGUCUAGUUGUUAAAAUCCAGAUCUAUGUAAAGGCACUUAAGUCCAUUGCAUGUCCACAUAGGGCAUGCAUACGGGCUAUGGCUGGUAUAACACACAAUCGGACUGCACAACCAGACAACCACAUGCACAGGGCUAUGCGUCCAGUCACAGAUUUCCUCUGGACACCAUGCCAAAAAUGCCCUGUCCAAGAUCAAAACAUUGCAACUUCAACACCCAGGAAAGAAGAGCAGGCCAACACCGAUGUCACCUCCACAUUUACCAUAGAGUAAAGUGAGUUUGCCGCAUAGCAAAUACACAGUGUGGCUCACUUGAACUCUCUUAUUGAAUGUAGUCCUAAGUGACUUUUAAGGGGGGCUUGUAUUGUAAGGUCACUAGUGCCCUUCUGGAAACCCCACAUGAGGUGUUUUAGUAAAAAAGCCCAAAUAACCCCCAAAUAUCCAAUGGGGAAAGGAAAGAAGAGCCUCUGUAUCUGACAGCUGAACAUUACCUCAGUCUGUGCCUUGCUGGCAGGUCCUCAGACACCACUGGGAUGGGUGAGGCAGAAAAAUGUAAGCAGGACAGUUUUGAAUUAAUGAGCCAAUGAAUAUACAUGUCUCAUGCAGUCAACAUCACAUGCAUCCCCGUUUUGUUAUUUAUGUUGUAGUUUUCCUUUACC